AGAGGCAUGUGAGUUAACUGUGUCAAAAGGUGGCAUGACCUCAAGUCCUGCAAUUAUUUCCAGGCAUGUCUCACAUCUGACUAAAUUCAACAGAAAAUGUCCCUUGAGUUUUAAAAGGAGUGUGAUUAUGACAAGUCCUCGCAAUUUGCCUGUGAUACCGAGAGGAGAAUGAAUGGUCAUGUAAAGAGUAUGCAUUUUGGACAGUUUAUGGAACCAGUAACAACAUUACUCUCUCUGCUGCUGCUUAUGGCUGUUGAUUCAACACGGAUUGUGGCGGCGAGCAGAAACCAGCAGUGUGGGAAUUCUCUGCAACAGACUCUUAAGCUUACAAGACUCAUACAGAAGGAAUCUGUUGACUUAAUCAAAACAUAUAAAGCCUCUCAAGGAGAAAUGUCAGAGCUUCUCUGCAAGGUGUCUGUCCCCAUCGUCCCUGACCCCAAAAUCUCCGGCAUGGAUACCUCAGAGAAAAUAGUGAGCAUCUACACACACCUCCAGGCCUUCCUCCCACAUUUGAAACGCGUGUACGAGCAGCAGACGGACUUACAGUUGCCCACCAGCCCGGUGCUGGACGGGCUGACCCGUGUCAGCGCUCACAGCAGAAACCUGGCUGCUCUCAUAAACAUCUUCUAUCAGAGUCUCUUCCCGAAUGUUCCCAUACAGGAGCCGGCAGGGGGGCCGACAGCACUACCUCCACCUCAGAACGUGUUCCAGCAGAAGGUCUAUGGAUGUGUGGUGCUGAAAACAUACAAAGAGCUCUUAGCAAAUGUUUCCAAAGAGCUGAGGACUCUGAAAAACAACAAGUGCAAGAGGAUAUAAACAAACACGCUCUACUUCUGAGGAUGACCUAAGGCUGGCCUUAGACGAUCAAUAUCAUCAAAACUCAUACUCAUAUGUUUGAUAAAGACUUAAAUAUAAAAGUGAGUAUGAAGGUGGCUGGUACAUCAGAGUAAUGACGUCUAUUUAUGGUAUUUAAUAUUUAUUUUUCAUGGUUCUCAUAAAAAGAAUGUUGUUCAUCAAAGGUCAAGAAUGUAAAGGGAAAUGUGCUCAAGUUGUCUCAUAUAUAUUUGUUCCUAUUUGUUGACACAAAUUUAUUGGCUGUAAAAAACUAUUAAAAGAUCAUGUACAGCUUUA